UUCAUUCUCGACCUUUCUCAACGCUUGCUUGCGAUCCUUACACCACUGGAAAAUAAAAGUGGUUUGGAAAUCUCUCAAAUACUACAGAGAGAUUCUGCUAUUAAGAGCACAUGGAGGACGAAGAGAUCUGGCAAGAAGGUCCUCAGUCCGUACAGGACGCAGAGUGGGCCAAGCUAUCAUCCGGAUUCACCAAUGCUGGAUACCGUGAAGGCAUCACCGCAGGCAAAGAAUCUGCCCUGCAAGCGGGGUUUGACGAAGGCUUCGCCCAAGUCGGCGUACCCAUCGGACGGCAGCUAGGCAUUCUCAGAGGCAUCGCCACGGCACUCCUCUCCUCCCUCCAAACCUCUGUCACGGCCUCCCAGAACACCGUGUCCGUAGACGAAGUUCGCGCCAUAACGUCCCAGCUAGGAAGCAUCCGCUUCUCCGACAUCGCUCCCCCAGACCUGGAAGCGGUGCGUCACGCACGGGAGCAUCUCGGUGACCGCAGGCUAGAGGAGGCUGACGAGAUGGAGAUGCCUGUCCCGGAAGAAGUCCAGGGAAAACGCGCCAUCGAGAGUCUGGAGGAUAUGCUCGCACAGAUGGGCGGCGGGGCGGCGGCGACGGCGAAACGUCCGAGCAUGGACGACGUGAACGAGCUGCAGAAACGCCUGCUCGCUGUAUGCGGGCAGAUGGGCUUGUCGCUACAAUGGAAUUGAAGUUGCAAGGCCACCCAGACAGGAGUCACUCGUCGAGGGAUCGUCAUGCAAAAUCGUCGCCCCGAGAGUGGCGAGGGAACAGGCGGCUUCG